UACCUAGUCUGCACUGUUUCAUUCCCUGGCUUUGGCAAAAUCCUGUAACUAAUUUCAUGUUUUCACAAAGGAGCAAUGUGGAGAAACAGCCAGCAGAUUUACAUCUUCUGAUUAGAAUUAAGCUACAGCUGAGCAGGGAUCACAGGCUACACCACCAGCUGCAGCCCACACUUCUUAGCAGAGCCAUCAGGAGGCCGGGACCUAAUGAGGAGAAGCAGCAGCACUGGAAAAGCUGCAAGAAGACAAGAUUCCCCUUUCUACCUCAACAAACAGGAGUUACACUUGAUAGGAAGAUAGUAUCAGAGAACCAUUUUUUCCUCAACAGCAAUUUCAUACCUUUUCACAUUCAGUUUUUCCAGAGGAAUUUUGGCCUUUUGAACUUGCAAGUAAAACUUUAAGUAAGAUUAAACAAAUCUAAAUAAGAACCUUGAUGACGGAGGGGAGGGGAAAACGCACCCCUUCCACAAGUAGGCAUUUGAGGAUUUCUCCUUGCCUGCUAAGGGUUUGUGUUGGGUAAAGGAAAAUGCUCCUAACAAACCAGCAUUCUUUUCCACUUGAUCAGAGCUAACCAGCCCCCCUGCAGGCAAAGUGACCAAUCGAAUCAGCUUCAGAUGCAAACCAGCCCCCCUGCACUAUAAAUACAGCAACCAGACAUACAAACCCUUUUUUUUUUUUCCAAUUCUUAUUUUUUUGAAAAGGAGAUCUCUACCAAUCACUUGUGGGAAGUUCCCUGCCAGUGCUGGGACCAAUACACCAGUGGUCCCUUCUCCAGAGCCCAGGCACACUCCUUCUGCAUACAAGCAAAUCCUUCAAAGACUGAACAUGAGAACAGAUACGAUAGAGAGCAAUAACACCAAAUCCAGCGCUCCCCUCCUAACCCCAAGAUACCUGAGAAUGGUCACAAAGGAUGGACACAGCACGCUCCAGAUGGAUGGUGCACAAGGACAAGGUCUGGCAUACCUCCGAGAUGCGUGGGGAAUACUAAUGGACAUGCGCUGGAGAUGGAUGAUGCUUGUAUUUUCUGCUUCUUUCGUCAUUCACUGGCUAGUUUUUGCAGUGCUUUGGUAUGUGCUGGCUGAGAUGAACGGGGACCUGGAGCUGGACCACGAUUCUCCACCUGACAACCACACUAUUUGCGUCAAGUACAUCACCAGUUUUACAGCUGCAUUCUCUUUCUCCCUGGAGACACAACUCACCAUUGGUUAUGGUACUAUGUUCCCAAGUGGGGACUGCCCCAGUGCUAUCGCCCUGCUUGCCAUACAGAUGGUCCUAGGGCUCAUGCUGGAAGCCUUCAUCACAGGUGCUUUUGUGGCAAAGAUCGCCCGACCAAAGAACCGCGCCUUCUCCAUCCGCUUCACUCGCUGCGCCAUAGUGACACACACAGAGGGGAAGCCGUACCUGAUGUUUCAGGUGGCUAACACACGCUCCAGCCCACUCACCAGCGUCCAGAUUUCUGCUAUUCUCUACCAAGAACAGGAGAACGGUCAGCUGCACCAGACCAGUAUUGACUUCCACCUAGACAGCAUUACUUUGGACGAGUGCCCUUUUUUCACCUUCCCCCUGACCUACUACCACUCCAUCACCCCAUCCAGCCCACUGGCUGCUCUUCUCCAAAGAGAGGCUGCUCGCCACUUUGAGCUGGUCGUCUUUCUGUCAGCGGUGCAGGAAGGGACAGGAGAAAUGUGUCAGAGGAGGACGUCCUAUCUCCCCUCAGAGAUCAUGCUGUACCAUCGUUUCGCCCCUGUGCUUGCCCACAGUGCCAAAGGUGAAUAUCAGAUCAAGAUGGAGAAUUUUGACAAGACAAUUCCUGAGCUCCCAGCUGCAGCUGAUUCAAUGAAUCCAAGGAGGACUGCCAAGGAGAUCCGCAUCAACGGACAGCAUGUCGACAGCUUCCAGCUCUCUGAGACUGGCCUCACAGAAUAGGCGGGACAGACUUUGGACUUUGUGCCUUUUUUAAUUAUUAUUACACUAAACUCUGAGGUCACAUCGACAGCCUUCCUUCCUUGCCUGCAAUCUUCUAAUAAUUCCUCCUGUUUUCCUCCUUCUCAUUACAACACAAUAUGCAAAGCAAACUGGCGUGCCCAUGUAAGCUUGGCUGAGAGGCUGGAUCGACCACCUAGGACAAAGGCAGGUCCAAGAUUCACAGUACUGCUUCUGGGAAACUAGAAGAACUACCAGCUGAAGUCACUGAUUAAAGUUGUGUGACUCGGAAAGGAGAGACUUCCAAAGCUGAUCAAAAUCCUAACUAACCAGCUUGUGACAAAACUGGACAGCAAAAAUACAAGAGAAAAACCUCACACAAAACCAAUAUGCAGUCAUUCAGUCAAUACAUCAACCCUUGGACAAGCAAUUCAGUUGAUUCAAGACCCUGAUUUUCCAGUUAUUUUCACUCUCUGCGAGAUACUUGGUUAUGUCUGAUUCCAGAGGGAUGAACUUACUCUUGGGAAGUAUUGCCAACCUCUCACAGCAGUGAGAAGUACCCCUGCUGUGCUUGCUUAUUAAGGAGAACUGUAAAUACUAUCUGUAGUUUUUUGUUCCAUCAGAUAUGAGGAGAACUCAUCUCCUCAUCAGUCUAUGAAGACAUUAUCAAGAAAUCUUGAUGUAUAUGGCAAAUACUGACUGGAAAUUUUUUCACAUUUGGAAACACCGAAUAAAUUAUUUAGCAGUGGAAA